CUGACCACCAUUUUGUCCGACAUCAGCGGUCUGGCGGACUUUUCAAAAAUAUAUCGACGUUUACAGUCAACUUUUUGAUCAUGGUGAAAAGGUGUAGCUGGGGUACCUGCAACUCGGACACGCGGUACCCGGAACGACUUGCUGGUGGUAUCACCUUUAUUCCAUUUCCCAAGCCUGCCAGAAAUUUUGACAAAUGUCAACGAUGGAUACGUUUGUGUGGUCGCCCCAAGUAUCAACUGAACAUGGACAUACUUCGUGACCACAGCCGAGGAAAACAUUUCUUCGUAUGUACAAAGCACUUUGUUGAUGGAAAACCCUCCAAGACAUUUCCGGACCCUGCGUCUGCACUACCUCAUGAACAAAAUGAAAAUCCAAAGACAGUAAGACCACGACCCAAACCACGCUUGCCAUUUAUGGGCGACAGAAAAAGGAAAGUUCUUCUUGAAACACACAGAUGUAAUCAUGAUACAGAUAUUUCUGAUUCACCAAAUCAGAUGGAUAUGGAACAUCCAGAGCCUACAACCAUGCAGCAGGAAUCUGAUAUUCUUGUCCAACAAAGUGACACCAUGGGUCCUCUGCCACUUGAUAUGCUGGCUCUAGCUGCAGAGAACAAGCAACUCAAAGAAGAUAUGGCCAAACUGAUCCUAGAAAAGGAGGAGCUCAUGCGUGCCCAGCAGAUCAACACCAAAAUUAGUGCUAAAAAUGUUAAGCAUGAUGUAGAAAUGGUUAAGUGUGGGAAACUUAAAGUGGGAGAUGGUCUGAUGGCAGACAAGGGCUUUAAUAUUGAAAAGGAAAUAAGGGCCACUGGAUUACGCCUCAACAUUCCCCCUUUUGCACCAGGUAUAGGUCAGAUGUGUGUGUCUGAUGUGGCAGAAACAGUGAAAAUUGCAACACACAGAGUGGUGGUCGAAAAUGCCAUUGGAAGGAAUCUGUUUCUUACACGAUGA